AUGUCUUCUGAUAACUCAACUUCGACAAAGGAAAAAGAGCCUGAAAAAGGACUCUUUCGAUACUGGAAACCAUCUACAACGAGUCAACCUCCUCCUGAUGGAGGUCUAACAGCAUGGCUCCAAGUCCUCGGCUCGUUCCUUAUCAACCUCAACAAUUUCGGUUUGGCAAACAGCUUCGGCGUGUUCCAAACAUACUGCGAAACGACCCUUCUUCGAACACACUCCUCGUCUGCAAUAUCAUGGAUCGGUACACUCCAAGUCUCCCUUAUCCUCAUCGUCGGUGUCAUCUCCGGUCCGCUCUUUGACCAAGGAUACUUCUAUCCCAUCCUCGUCGCCUCCAGUCUCAUGCUCACCUUUGCCCUUAUGAUGCUGAGUCUAUCGACGCAAUACUAUCAAGUCAUGCUGACGUGGGGUGUUCUUGGAGGCAUAUGUACUGGGCUGUUGUACAUCCCUAGCGUUGCUAUGAUCCCUCUUUACUUCAGGACGCGUCGUGGUCUGGCUCUUGGCUGUGCUACGGCGGGAGGCUCUUUCGGCGGUAUCAUUUACCCCAUUGUAGUCCGUCGUUUGCUGGACUCUGGUGGCUUUGGGUGGGCUUGCCGGGCGAUUGGUUUCAUUACUCUCUUCACGUUGACAAUCGCGGCAAUCCUCGUCAAGCCCAGUACACAAGCAGUGAAGAAGCCAACGCGACAACUCUUCGACAAGUCGAUCAUCAAAGAUAAAGCCUUCAUUUUCUUCACGUUGGCAUCUUUCUGUAUAUGGUUGGGCUUCCUCGUGCCAUACAUUCUCACCCCCUCGUUUGGUCUGUUGGGCCUUGACCAUCCCGUCUCGGAAGAUCUUUCAUAUUACAUGUUGUCUGUCCUCAACGCCGCCCAAGCUUUGGGUAGAAUCCUACCUGCAGCCAUAGUGGAUAAGAAGAUCUUGGGAGCGGAGUCUAUUCUCAUGUUUAACGUCGCGGUAUCUGGUAUCCUUGCCCUGUGCUGGAUCGGGGUCCAUAACCUGGGUGGCUUCACUGUCUUCCUCAUCUUAUAUGGCUUCUUCUCUGGUGCAGUCACGACCUUGCCCGCGUUCAUCAUCCCUUACCUAUGUCCAUCACUGGCUGUCAUCGGUACUAGAAUGGGGAUUGUGUAUGGUGCGGCAGGAUUUGGAGCAUUGAUCGGGCCUCCGAUUGCACUGGCAGCUGACGAGGCUCACGGUGGUCAGCAUAACCGUGCAUUUCUGGGCGCGCAGAUUUGGAAUGGCGUGACCAUUCUUUUCGCGUCCUGUCUUUGCGUAUAUCCUCUCUGGGAGGCUAGGAAGCGACGGCACAUGAAGGAGAUGGCUGAUGCCAAGGCAAAGCAGGACAGUAACAGUGCUUAG